AGCUAGUAAAUAAUAUUUCGUACCUAGAUAGUAUUUCGACUCUUGAGGCCUACUUGAUUAUAAGAUACGAUGGAAGAAGUGAUGCCGAUUUUGAAGGACCGUUGGGUCCAAGCUGCGGGAACUCUAGUCUUCGGCUAUCUAUUGAGCAGUGUCGUCUAUAAUCUCUACCUGCAUCCGCUUGCUAAAUAUCCAGGGCCUCUGUUGGCACGCGCUACACAAUUAUGGCGAUUCAAGAACACCAUGGGCGGUCGACAGCAUCGAGUAUUCCGAGCUGAACAUCAGAAAUACGGCGACGUCUUCCGGGUCUCUCCCAACGAGCUGAGCUUCGCCUCGGUCCAGUCUUACCGCGACAUCUACGGCUUUCUGCCGCCGGGACAGCAGCAAUUUAUCAAAAGUGAUUUCUACGACGUGUUUGGGUCGGGCUUCAAGACGGGGUGCAUCGGCAGCGAGCGAGAUCCGAAGGUACACUCUUCCAAAAAGAAGAAUCUUCUAGCAGCCUUUUCUCCGCGCAGCCUCGCGGCUCAGGAGAACAUCAUACAGAGAUGCACGGAUGCGUUUGUCGCCAAGGUGGGCCCACUGAGCCGCAAGACAGAAGCGGGUAUCGACAUGACGAAGUGGUUUGAGAUGAAUGCCUUCGAUCUUCUAGGUGAGAUGGCAUUCGGGGAAAGUUUCGGUUGUAUAGCUGAGGAGAAACACCAUUUCUGGAUCGACCUCAUCCUUACGCAUCUGCGCGAGAUUGUCUUGAUCGACAAUUUGCGACGGUUCCGCAUUCUGGCCGUGCUAGGCAAAUGGCUGCUCCCAUCGCUCGCGACGAAGGUGAGAGCAACUCAUCAGCAGUAUAGCCGGGAUAAAGUACGAAGCCGACUCGAGAGCAAGUCGUCGCGGCAAGACUUCUUUACAAAUAUCGUCGCGAAGGUCAAAAGCGGCGAUGUCGGAUUAGAGGAAAUGACCGCACACGCGAGCACGCUUAUCAUCGCUGGCGGAGAGACCACGGCGACAACUCUGACCGCGGCGCUCUACUACAUACUGCGUUCAGCCGGAGUACGCUCUAAACUGGCAGACGAGAUUCGCGGCCGCUAUAGAUCUUACGAUGAAAUCGAUUCCGCCUCCGCUCUCCAAUUGUCCUAUCUCCAAGCCGUGAUCAACGAAGCGAUGCGAAUCCACCCUUCCGGCGCCGGUGGCUUUCCGCGCAUCUCCCCCGGCGCAACCGUCGACGGGCACUGGGUGCCCGCUGGAACAGAAGUAUACACCAGCACGUGGUCAGUCUCUCAUGACAAACGCUACUUUGCGGAUCCGGACGAGUUCAAACCUGAGAGAUGGAUUAAUCCCGAGUGCGAGGACGUAAAGGAAGCAAGCCAGCCCUUCUCCCUUGGAUACAGGGCUUGUAUCGGUCGAAGCUUUGCCUUCGUCGAGAUGUCGCUCGUCCUCGCGAAGCUAUUCUACUCGUAUGACAUGGAGCUCGUAGAUCGAGAUCUCGACUGGGAAACGCAAUCAAGGCACUGGGUCAUGUGGUGGAAGGCGCCGGUUCGGAUCCGUGCACAAGAUGCUCAAUCGUGAAUGAGGUAUAACAACUCAUAUUGAUAGCUUUUAGGAGUGCCUAAGAAUAAGAGUCGUGAUCAAUUAGA